AGUACUUUCGCUUUCAAGUUGACGCAGACAUUUCUAAACCCAAGGUCAGAUCCACGAUUCACGAACAAAAUUCACAUGUAUCCCAGAAGAAUUUUUCUAUAAGCACAUCUUGAAAAUGGAAAAACUGAUUGGAAGUCUAAAUUUGGUGUUGCUGGGGAAAACAGGAGCAGGAAAAAGUGCAGUAGGAAACACAAUACUGGGACGACCGGCUUUCAAAUCAGAGAAAAGUUCCACAUCCAUCACAAAAGAAGUAAAGGGAGAAUCUGGGACUGUCUGUGGGUUUCCAGUCACUGUUUAUGACACACCAGGAUUAUGCGAUACUAAGCUGAAGGAGCAAGAGAUACGACAGAAAUAUCUUAGUAUUUUUCAGAAAUGUGAUGUUCUUUGUGCUUACUUCAUUGUCAUCAAAGCUGACAGAUUUACUGAAGAAGAAAGAAAAACCGUGGAGAAGAUUGAGGAGCUCUUGGGUCAAAACCGCAUGCAGAAUACUUGGAUUCUCUUCACCAGAGGAGAUGAACUGGAAGAAGAAAACAAGACCAUACAACAGUUCCUCAAAGAGAAUGAACAACUAAAGAAAUGUGUUCAGAAAUAUGAUGAGAGGUACCAUGUGUUCAACAACAAGAAGAGACAUACUGAACAAGUUAAAAGCCUGCUUAAAAAAAUUCUCAAGACAUGUCUUAAGACAAUGGCAAAUGGAGCAAUGAAACUAAAAUCGACUUUAGUGAGGAAACAAAAGCCAAAGGACCCUCCUGCUGACAGACGGAUUGUUCUUCUGGGUAAAACUGGAGCUGGAAAGAGUGCAACUGGAAACACAAUAUUGAGAAUGAAAUCGUUCAAAUCUUUGACGAGAAUGACUUCAGUAACCAGGGCAUGUUCGGAUGCUCACUGCACUGUUUCGGGCAGACAUGUGUCUGUAGUUGAUACUCCUGGAUUCUUUGACCCAAAUAUGACACUUGACAAUUUGGUGGAAGAAAUGAUAAAGAGUAUUUAUUUAUCCAGUUCUGGACCACAUGCUUUUCUUAUUGUUUUAAGAGCAGAUGACCGGUUCACUGAGUCGGAACAGGAGAUUUUUCAGUCAAUUGAGAUGUUCUUUGGUGAGGAAGUCUUAAAAUACUCCAUCAUUCUCUUCACACGUGGAGAUAAUCUUGGGGAAGACACCAUGGAAGAGGUCAUUGGAGACAACCAAGCAUUAAGAGAUUUAGUUAAUCAGUGUGGAGGCGGAUAUCACGUCUUCAACAAUAACGAUGAGAAUAUAGAGCAGGUGAAGGAUCUACUGCAGAAGAUUGACACAAUGAUAGAGCAGAAUGGAGGAGGACACUACAGUAAUGAGAUGUUUGAAGAUGCUAAAAAACUCAGACAAGAGGAAGAAGAGAGGAUACUGAGAGAGGAAGAGCUUAGAAAACAAGACAAGGAGAAGAAAAGACAAGAGAAAAUUGAGAGAGUGAGAACGGAGACAGAGGAGAAAACCAGAGCAGAAUGUGAACAUAAAUGGAAGUCAGAACAAGAAAACAAGCAGAAACCAGUAGAAACAAGCAGUGGAUUUAAGCAAUUUUUUUCCAAGUAUAAGAAAUAUUUUUAUAUAGGCAUGGCUGUUGGUUGUGUACUUGGUAUUGUUGGUGGUGCUAUCCUUGCUGGUGUAGUUGUUAGUGGUGCAGUUGUUAGUGGUGCAGUUGUUGGUGGUGCUGUUGUUGGUGGUGCUGUUGUUGGUGGUGCUGUUGUUGGUGCUGUUGGUGGUGCUGUUGGUGCAGUUGCUGCUGCAGUUGAUAGAUUUUCCUCAUGUUAAUCAAAUAUCUGUUUCAUGAACUUUUAAUUAAUACUCUUCUCUGGGCCCUAAGCAUUCUUGCAUUUUUUGUAAAAUGCAAGAAAUCUAAGAAGAAAAGUUGAAAAAACUCUUUCCUUUGUUGAUUUAUGUCGAAAAUAUGUGAUUACUCUGUGAUUUUUUUAUGGCUUUAUUAUAUAUUUGUUGUUUUUGCAAGCAUACUGUAUUUACAAACAUAUUUUAUAAUUGCUCUUAGACGUGUAUUAUCUUCAAAAGUAUAUGUUGAGUUACACAUACUAUGAUUCCUGUUAUACAUGAAAUGUAACAAAGUUACUACUGCUGGAGAACUAUACUGACAUGUGUGUACUUACCUGAGGGGGUGAAACUUUUUAUGAAUUAUUGUUAAUAAAUAUACAUGUUUUAUUAAGUUAGGGUAGAAAAUAAAUAAUGUAUUAUAUUAGAACUGUUUAAGUGUAAAAUAAUGUUGCAAAUUAAGUAUAUUUUUCAGACUAUAGAGACGAUAGCAGAGGAGACGAGCAAAGCAAAAAGCAAACAGAUGACAUAGAUUGUAUCGGAGGUGCCUUAAAAAGACUGUGGAAGCUUUUACAAGCUUUUAGCUGAUGACAUAAGAAAAGGUCUUGACUGCAACCAUGGAUUGUUUACGUAUAAAAAAGAUAAAUGAAAAGCGAGCUGAAUACACAUUGGCUUGAAAUUUAUAUUGAGUUUUACAAUUGAGUUUGAUGUGCUUUUGUUUGUAAGAGAUUGCAUUUAAUAAACACUUAAUUGCUAAGAAUUUUGUUUACCAGUC